AUGAAGGGCCCUAUCUACGCGUUCCUGGCCUGUUUCAGUAUUCACUACCAGGAGGUGACCUUCAAGCGAAUUGACCGCAUCAGCCAGUCCUACUCUGCCGUUAUCUACGCCAUGCAGCUGGUCGCCAUCAACCACCAUUGGACCCCAUGGAUCCGGAGGAUCCUUGAAGCGAAAGAGGAUGGGCAGGACCAAGCGCUGGCUAAUGCGGCCCCAUUUCAUGCUGUCUUCGGCCCCUGGCUGCAGACCUACUUCAAGCACCAGUCUUUGACUUCAGCCAGCGGUGGCAUUCCUAUAUCGGCAUGGGGCCUGAUUUCGACUUUUUGA